AUGAACGAUAAAAUAACACGUAAAGCUGAACAAAAAACAUUUCGUUAUAAUCGUAUUUCAAAAAAUUCAAAGAUUUUCGAAUGUGAUGAAAUAUUUCAUAUGAAACCAACAAUUUUAUCUAAUUCCAUAUCCACAAUUUCAUCAAAACAACCAAUCUGUGUUCAAUCAAAUGUACCAACAAGUCCCUUGAAAAUACUUGAAGCUCAAUAUUUACAAAAUUUUUCAAACUUUCGCCGUCAUUUUUAUCAUAUUAAUCAUCAAAAAAUAAAAUCUUCUCCUCAAGAUUAUCCUAGUAUUGACGUAACUGAUAUUCGUCUUGCAUCCAUAAAUGAAUGUGUUCAAAAAGAUUUUAUGAAAAGAUUAAAUGAAAAUACUUCUUACUUUCUAGAUUUAGUCUAUCAUGGUACAAAAUUAGAUAAUAUCAAAAGUAUUCUUCGUUAUGGGUUUUUGAUACCAAAUCAAGCUCAUCCAUCUAAUAGAGAAGCACCUAUUAUUGUUUCAGCAAACGGUCGAGCGUUUGGUAGUGGGAUUUAUUCAAGUUAUUCAGCGGUUUUUUCAUUAUCCUAUGUUAAUGCUACCAAUACUCUUUUAGUAUGUGCAGCGAUACCAAAACAUCAUAGUAUCGGAAAAAUUGAACGUUCUUAUGCAAAUAUAUUAGUUUUAUCUCAUGAAUCACAAAUUAUACCAUUAUUUCUAAUUGAUUUUAAAUAUCUAGAUACAUUCCAUACGAAUUAUUCUUGUUUUAAUGAAGUGAAACAAUCUAAGAGGUAUAAAAAGAAUGAAAUAAAAGAAAUUGUAAUUAUUUCAAGAAAAUACUUACGAAAAGUAUUAAAUUACAUAAAUGAUGAAGUACGAAAGAACAAUCGAUAUCAAAUGAGACCAUUUGAAUUCUUUAAUUAA